AUGAAGGUUUCCCUCAAUGAUGGACCUAGUUGGGAUGAGCUGCAAGAGGUUUUACGGGGAUGUAGGACCUGGACGUUUGAAAAGCGCAGAAUGGUUGGCUGUUUAUGCGUGCUUUCUGCUGGAGUGCUUGGGCUUCAUCCUGCUUCAAAAAUUCCACUCAAGUUUGCGAAGAGAGUACUUGAUGUUGAAGCAUUUGAGCAGUUUCCGUGGGGCAGAGUGGCACAUGAGAGUCUACUGGAGUUUAUAUGGGUUUACGAGACGAUUACCAUUAUUGGUGAGAGGUUUGGGAAUAAGGUUGAUGGGAUAGAAGUUCCUCUGCUCUCGUGGCUUGGUUCCCGUAAGCGUUAUGACUUCGACUUACUAAUGGAAGAGGAUAAGACGACGCAUGAGAGGGUUCGAGUUAGACAUAUUAUUGUCAAUGACGGUGAGGACCUGAAACCAAAGUGGAGUAAUGAUAAUGUCGAUUCAAAAGUGGACAAACUGCUGGAUGAUAUCCUACACGAUCGUCUGGACCGAAAUGCCUGGAUAAUUUAUCCAAAAACGAAGACUAGUGGGAAAGAACUGGUCGGUGAAAGUGAUGAUGACUUUGUUGAAGAAAGGGUAAAUCGAUCUUCAAAAAAGGUUGUCAAAAACACCAAACACAAAGACGAAAUGAGUGUUAAGGAAUCAGAGAAAGCUAGAAAGGUUCCAAGAGUGAGUUCGGCAGACACAGCGACAUGGUCUACUUCUCAACCUGAUGCUAUGGCGGAAGGGAAAAGUGGACAAAAAAUGGCUUUGAUAGAAGAAAAAGUUACCGGGAAAAUGGCUUUGAUAGAGAAAGAUGUUGCUGGGACAAUGGAAUCUAUGGUGGGGAAGGUUGAAGGGAAAAUUUUUCAACUGGAGAAUGAAAUGAACGAGGUGAAAGAGUUGGAUAAAAAGGCGUCAAAAGCAGAAGAAGUUCACUUUAGUGGCAGUUUGAAUGAUAACGUAAAUAGCAAGAAUCCGGCAAAAACUGGAGAAUUAACCAUUAGUAGCAUGGGGUCAUGGAUGGUUCUGCAGAAGCAGACAUCUGAUGGAGUGACAACGCAGUGUGUUGUAAGAACUGCAAAACCCUUUGUUAAGGAGAACGUGUUUCCGCCUUAUCAACCAACAGAUGAGUUGAUUGACAUUACCGAGGAAGUUGCCAAAGCUGAUGCAACGAUGAGAAGACCUUCUCAUUCAGGUUCUAUGUUCUCGAACUCAUUUGAACGGAAAAAAUGCAAUAACGUCGACAUAGCUUUGGAUGCAAUCGCAGGUGCCCUUGGUGUCGACACACCCCUGAUAAAGCAAAAAAAGCAGAAGGCCGCUUCCCAGUUAUUUCCCUUUCUUGGGAAGUCAGCAGUUAAUCGCCUCAAGGAUGGUCACAUGACAUCUUUCGCACAUUUGCUUAGGAAGAGAUCUCUCAGAGACCCAACUCCUUUAUACAGCCCACGGAUUGCUUUUCUCGACCAAUGCUGGGUUAAUUCUUGGUACCACGACUACAAGCAGUUUGCCAUCAAUCCAAAAAACUUCAUGUUCCGAGAAUCAUAUGUUGAGGUCCUCAACGGUGCAUACCCUUACUAUGCUGUGACGAACAAAAAAUGGGUGGUUGAUGUUGAUCAUCUCUAUUUUGCGCACAACAUUAACGAUCGUCAUUGGAUUGCUCUUCAAGUGAACCUCCUCAGGAGGAAGUCGAAUGUGCCGCAGAACAUACAGACUGGGGAUUGCGGUGUGUAUACCUGUAAGUUCAUCGAGUGCCAUGCUCUUGGGUACUCCUUCGAUGGGAUCAGCGAUAAAAGCAUGCCUUUCUUGAGGAUGAAGAUUGAAGUAGAGCUUUUCGAUGAGGUCCCUGACACAUAUAACCAAAUGUUUAAUCCACUUCAUCGAGGUAACCAGAGUGAACGUUUGCUGCUUCACAAUGACUCACAGCCAUAG